GAGAAUUUUCCGGAGGAAAUCUGAAACGAAAGUAAAAUCAAAAGAACGAAGAACUCUAUUUUGUGGAAUUUGCCUGCUUCGUGGCGCUGACGAGGUUAUUUUUCAUCUUUACGCAAGCACAAGGCAAUUCUUCUGAACAAAACAGAUCAUAGCCCGCCACACGACACGGCUAAAUCCAACAAACCCGAGGGGGAAAGCACCAGCAGUGAUCAUCCGCCAAGGGGACAAGACUGUCGCUGCACCAUUUGAAGGACUUGGACCCCAACCGCAGCUCGCGAGAAUGUUCAAUUAUAGGCCGGCUGUGACAACCGGCAGCAGAAAAGCCGGCAGCAGCCGCAAUAGCCGCAGUUGAAGUGUUGAAGGCAUCUGGGGGCCGGGGGACGGACGACGACGUUCCGGAAUCCGUAACUCUACGACAAACCCGCGAGGAGUAUUGUCGGAGAGCGACAUCAGUUCACAGUUGGUGCAUGGUUGAAGAGAACAGCGACAUCGUGCAGUGCAGUUAUACAAGAAGAAGUGUGUGCAGGUCGUUCCAAAUCGAGAUCAAACUAGUUUCUUACGUGUAUUUUGAUAAUCCGCCAAACGCGCGGACCAGAGAGAAGCAAAAAAACCCAAGCAUUGAUUGGAGUGAGAGUGCAUUUGGACGUGAUCCGAAUUUUGCAUUAGCUAAUAGAGGAAAAGUAGUGGCGCAAACAAAUCCAUAAAUCUAGUGCAACGCUUGCAAGUGUGGGGCUCUCUCGAAAGGAUAUCUAAAAGCGCAAAAAAGGAGUACUUGUGAAAAGGAAUAGCCCGCUAGUGAGUCAGUGAGAGAGAAGGUGUGUGCUGGUGGCUUCUGUCCGGAGUCCUUGCGUCCCCGGAAUAUGGAUAGAAGCGUAGAUUCCAUCGGUAGUUGUUCGCUCGACGUAGAUGCUGAUUCGACGGAUUUCUCAGACACAUCAGGAGAGUUAAACUUUCUCACGCCCAACUCGGCCAAGGACAUCCAGCGAGAGUUCACCGCCGGCAUCAAGGAGCGCUGUAAGAUCCCCGUGAUCAACUGUCAGGCCGUAACGACCGUGCUGGAUCCGGUAACGGGAAAUAUUAGCACCGUGCUAACGACGACGUCCCCGCAGGCGGCGGACACGGCCACGACGGAGGCCACCGCGGACGGGGCUCUGCCCAACAAAAAACCAAGCUAUCUGAACUUGGCCUGCUGCGUGAAUGGCUACUCGAACCUGACGACGUAUGACUCGAAGCUGCGGCAGGACAUCAACAAGUCACGGGAAGUUUCGCCGAGCCGGCCGAUCAUUGCCACGCUGCACUACAACCGGUCGUCAGACGGUGGCAACUUUCAGCUGACCGCACCCACGCUCAGCUACAUUAGUAUGAACAACAGCAUCAACAACAAUCUAAGCAACGGAACAAGAAUGGUGAACGGACGCAACGGGGCUCCGGUCAACGGCACCGCCGGUCAGGAUGUGACGGACAAUGUCUCGGUCAACGCCGCGGCUGCCAUGUUCAAUGGGAACGGCUUUGGCGGCGGAGGUCUCCGAACCAAGGUGAUCUCAUCGCAGUCCCAAAUCAGCAGCGUCCGCGAGAGCGAACGGGUCGUGAAGAAAAGCUUCAUCCAGCAGCGCGUCGAAAAGCUAUACGGUAACGCGGAAGGUGUCGUCAUUAAUAAGCAGAUCUACAGCAACAAUAGCAGCGCCACCAACGAGCGGAAAUAUCUCAACAAUAUCGCCAACGAGAAUGUCGCAAGCAACAAAAACUGCUACACAACCCCGGCCAGCGUGGUCCACCACCUCAACGGAAAUGGCACUACAAACGGCAGCGCAACAAACAACGGUGGCCUGGGCGGGGGCGUUGUGACAAAGGAGAAUCUCGACGUAAACGGUAAGGAAUUCGGCGGGGAUCCCGAUAUGGAGGCGCUGCCCGUGAUGCGACACUUGCGGCCCGAGUUCCGUGCCCAGUUGCAGAUGUACUCGCCGAAGAAAGUGCCCAAGACGUCGCCCGGGCGGUUUUCGAAUGGCAGCUCGGCGGGAAGCCUGAAUGGAGUGGGAGCGAACAACAACAAUCACAUCGCGUCCAACGGGGACCUCAGUCAUCAUCAUCACUCGCACUUGUCGCAGCAGCACUUGACGAACGGCAGCAAGCUCACAACAAAUGGCACCACCACCGCGACCUCGUCACUGCUUUCUUCGUCGAUAUUCUCGUCCUCCACCUCGGUCGCCACCGUGGUCGAGUCGUCGUCCAAGAACAUCACCACCACCACAAGCAAGUCCUCUUCGUCGUCGUCGUCGUCAUCGUCCUCCUACCAAACCGAAGCUUCGUCUGCUUUAUCAGCUACUACGAACUCGGUGACGACGAACAACGCUAACGCCUGUGACGCAACAGGGCCGACAACUGCCCCGAGAGAAUCUCCUAGUACAAUCGCCGCCGCAGCAGAACUAGUAGAAGCCCAGGCAUCGGUCGAAAAGGAAGCAGCAACCAUUGGCGCGGAACCAUCGAUUCCUGUCCAACAACAGCAGCAAGAAGUGUCGUCGUUAACGUCCAAGAUGAAGCUCAGCGAGCCAUGUGUGAACGGGGGAGACGGCGUGGACAAUGUGGCGAUUAUCCGGAAUGGAUCGUCGUCGGCGGCGUCGUUGAUCAAGAAUGGCCACCAUUGCCGCGGUGACGUUGACCAUGGCGAGGACGAUAAGGAGAACAUUAACGGUGGUGGCGUGAUCCCAGAAGUUUUACCCAAGGUGGCGGCGGCGUCGUUGCCGGUGGUCGUCAAGGAUGGCAAUCACUUUUUGCAGGUGAUGAAGAACGAACAGAACCGGCUACUGGCAAUGGCAGCCGAUAUCGAGCGGGAGGCUGAACAGUGCAAGACUGAUGGUGUCGAGAUUAGCGAGGAGGUCGCCGGGUACGUGCUGGUGGCGGCCGGCAAGGCGCGGCUGCUGUGCUCGCAGAAGAUGAAACAGUUUGAAGGUCUCUGCCACACCAACCUGAACCAAAUCCCCGGCGAAAAGUUCCAAACCACAAACGAGGAUCUACAGGGCUUCUGGGACAUGGUGAUGCUGCAGGUCAACGAUGUAGACGCGUCCUUCGUGGAGAUCGAAUCGUUCCGAAGGAACGGCUGGAAGAAACCCGCCCCCGUCAGUCCCGUCCCGCAAGCGCGCAGCACCGCCCGGAGUACGAAGCUGACGAAGCGACCGUUCAAGGCUCCAGCGUCGUCGUCCAGCAACGGAUCGGCGGACGUCGCCGAGGCGAAGAAGGCGGCCGCCGAAAAGCGGGAAGCCGCGCGCAAGCAGUUGAUGGAGCUCAAGCGGAAGCAAAAGCUGGCCAGCGCACAGCAGAACGUCGAGAUCUUCGUGCCCGGCAGCAACAACAGCAGCUCGGUCGAGGUCAGCAACGGUGUCGCGACGAGUUGAUCUCGUCGGCUAGAUUAGUAGAACCACACACACGUUCUGGACUAUGCGGCUUCGCCGCCGGAAGUAACCGAAACGAUUCGUAUUUGAAAUCCUUGUGUUAAUUGUCGUUUUGUUUUGAUGCGCGCGCGCGAUAAAUUGUAUGUUAUAACACGUAGUAGAGAGAGACACGCACUCACUUACACACACACAUGCCGACACACAGAUUAUCUAAUUCUAACACGUGUUUUGACUGAUUUUUGAGGAGAGUGCGCGCGCGCGUUGGUUGGCUCGAAGGAGAGAAGCAGCGAAAGCCACGGAGAAUGCGAGGAUUUGCGCAAGGUAAGAGAGUGUUUGUGAAUUUUUGUGCGUGUGUGCGUGCGCCACGUGUGGACGACUGGAUCCGACUGGGUUCUGCGAAGAAUAAAACAAGAAAUGGGGACAACAAUCCGUAACUAAAAGGCACCCAAUGUGAUUUUAUGAGAAAUGACAAAUUUUUUAUAUGUUGAAUAUACUUAUUAGUUAGGGCUAACGGAUAAAUAAAAAGAAAGAGAGAAAGAAACAUGUUCGAGAAGUAAGCGAAAUAUUUAUUUAGCUCUAAGAGUCACACACAAUACAAGAGAGAAAAAAAGCUUUUAGGUAAAAUUUAUCUUGGCAAAAUUUGACAAAAAUAGUAAACAUCAAACCGAUUAUUAAUCUACAUCGAAUGUAACGAAAUUGUAGAUUUUUGGCGUUUUCUUGCUGUAAAUGCAAGGCAUGAAAUUUAAAUCACCCUUUCUCGAAAUAAGAUAUAGCUUGUAAGAACUUUACGAUUACCGUUCUUCUCCACUAAACACUAUAAUCUACUUUCAAAAUAAAGCAACCGUUAAUGAUGCAUACAGAUAUGAUUAGGAAACGUUCACGCCAAGUUAUUUAUCACGUUCUGUUUUAAAACUUUAAUUUUAUUUCUUUUUUUCUCAAUUUAUUCUUUUAUUAAAAAUCUUUCUCAAGCAACUCGACACCGCCAAAUUAAUUUCAAAAUUUCCACCGAAUUGUCAAAUCCAAACAUUCCACCCACAAUCAAGCCAACUCCCCACUCCCUUUUGUCAAAAACGUAUAUGAGUGCCUUUGUGCGAUCUUGCGAUCGCGCAGCUUGUGUAGUACAAACAUUUAGGUCGCGUUUAAGCUGCUUUAGUUUUCCCGUUUGUUGGCGUAUUUGAUGUAAUUUUCCUAUUUUUCUGUUUGCUUAAAA